GUCGACCCGGGCCCCUGGCCCGGCUCAGGUCGGAAGACGUGGUGGCGCCGUGCUCGAGCUGUCCGCACCAUUGCCUGCUCCUGUCUUCGCGGGAAUACGAGGUGCCGAACAAAGUAGGCGAGUUCGACGAGAGCGUGGCCCUGGAUCAUUCUUACUGGAAGCCGCUAGCACCUUUGCUGGAUGCUUUGGCGAAGCGUGGAGCGGGGGUGCCGGCUCGACUACCCUACUUACGCCAAGGCUUUCAAGAAGGUAUGUGGCAGGCUGGGCCUGGCGCUGGUCCCCUACCAGGCCAGACAUUCGGGCGCCUCGCACGACCGGGCCCGGGAGAUCAGGCCGCAGUUCGAGGCGCAGAAAAGGGGGGGCUGGAAAAGCCAGAAGAGUGUCGUGAGGUACGAGAAACACGGGCGGCUCGGGAAACAGCGGCACCGGCUGAUUGCGGAACAGCAGGCCCGCUUCCAAAGGUGCCGUGCCGAGCUCGCGGCUGUCCUGUUGCAUGGCCGAGCCGUCCCCUGGCGCGGACGCUGAGGCUCUGGAGGCCGGCCUUGCAUUUUGGAGACUAUGGGAAGUUAUUUCAAGCGUGUCUGCAGCGCACGUGCUUCUCCUGUCGCCGUGCUUGGGUUGGCGGCGCAGAUUAUAUUUGCAAGCUUCGCUAUCUUCUGAGCGAUAUCCGCACAGGCCAGAUUAUGGCGUUGUCUCUCGCUCUGUGCGGUGGCGAUCACGAUCCAGCGACCCUGAUUGCUUCGAUACGAGCGGCCGCCGCCCAUAGUGUUCCUUUUAUUUGCACGGCACUCACGCAUCGCGCAUCAGCGAUUCGUCGUGAGGUCCCUCAUGAGCAUGUUAGCACAGUGCACUGGUGCGCCUAUGGAAGUCGCUAUAGAACUCCGACACAUAUACUAUCAUCCGGCAUCUCCUGUGCCGACCACAACCGCUUGUCCGACUAUUGCUCGGGUUCUGGAGCAUUUUGCCCUCGCCAGAACUCUGGCCAUGCAACGCUAUUCAGACCUAGAUCUG